GCUGCGGUCUCUUUGCGCAACCUUCAGCCUGACUUUCCUACUGCCCGGCAUCGGGAGAGGGUGCACUGAGGGGCCCAUGUGUUGGCCAGGUGGUAUCGGAGCGGCCCCCACCAUGGGCUGGGGAGCAGGAGGGAGCUGCACGCCGCGCCCACCCAUCCGCCAGCAGCCUGUGCGGGAGCCCCGUGUGAUCGCUGUGGUCUUCCUCGGCCUCCUCCUGGACCUCCUGGCCUUCACUCUGCUGUUGCCCCUGCUGCCAGGGCUGCUGGAGAGCCACGGUCGUGCCCACGAUCCCCUCUACGGCUCGUGGCAGCGAGGGGUGGACUGGUUUGCCGCGGCCAUCAGGAUGCCAGCGGAGAAGAGGUCUGAUCGGCUCGGUCUUCUCCUUCCUGCAGUUCCUCUUGGCACCAGUCACGGGGGCGGUCUCGGACUGUCUCGGGAGGCGCCCAGUGAUGUUGCUGUCCCUGGCAGGUCUGGCCACCUCGUAUGCCGUGUGGGCGGCCUCGAAGAGCUUCGCAGCCUUCCUGGCCUCCAGGGUGAUCGGGGGCAUCAGCAAGGGGAACGUCAGCCUCUCCACCGCCAUCGUUGCCGACCUGGGCUCAGCUUCCGCCCGCAGCAGAGGCAUGGCAGUCAUCGGAGUGGCCUUCUCGCUGGGCUUCACGCUGGGCCCCAUGCUUGGCGCCUUCUUGCCUGCGGACACGGUGCCCUGGCUCGCUUUGCUCUUUGCUGCCUCCGACCUGUUGUUUAUUUUCUGCUUCCUGCCGGAGACGCUGCCCCCGGAGAAGCGGGCACCCUCCAUCGGCCCGGGGUUCCGGGCCGCCGCAGACCUGCUCAGCCCCGUGGCCCUGCUCCGUUUUUCAGCCGUGGCCCGUGGCCAGGACCCACCUGCUGGAGACGGGCUCGGUCGCCUUCGCCGCCUGGGCCUGGUCUACUUCCUCUACCUCUUCCUGUUCUCGGGCCUGGAGUUCACCCUGAGCUUCCUCGCUCACCAGCGCUUCCAGUUCAGCAGCCUGCAGCAGGGAAAGAUGUUCUUCUUCAUCGGCCUCACCAUGGCCACCGUGCAGGGCGCCUACGCCCGAAGGAUCAGCCCCGGCGGGGAGAUUGCAGCGGUGAAGCGGGCCAUCUUGCUGCUGGUGCCCGCCUUCCUCCUCAUCGGCUGGGGGCUCACGCUGCCCGCGCUCGGCCUGGGGCUGCUGCUCUACUCCUUCGCUGCCGCCGUCGUGGUGCCCUGCCUGUCCUCUGUGGUCGCGGACUACGGCUUGCCCGGGCAGAAGGGCACCAUCAUGGGCACGCUGCGGAGCCUCGGCGCCCUGGCCAGGGCGGCGGGACCCUUGGUGGCUGCCUCAGCGUACUGGCUGGCGGGGGCCAGGGCCUGCUUCACCGUGUGCUCCGGCCUCUUCCUGCUCCCCUUCCUGCUGCUGCGCAGCCUGAGGCCUCCAGCCCACGCGGCGCCCAAGGCCAAGGCCGAGUAGCUGAGCCAGCCCCGUCCCAAGCUGGGGGGCCCCUCCCCUCCCCCUGGGGCCCGGCCCCGGCCCCUGCCAGACACUCCAGCCCCUCCGCGGCGGGGGCCUGGCCAGGCCUGCCUGCGACCUGGGAGCAGGGACUCCAAAACCUUCCAGGCUUUCUGUUCGCUCUUCUCCGAGACACAGUAUCAGCCAACCCUCCGAAUGACAAAAUAAAGCAGCUACUUUAUACCAAGCGCCUUCCGCCAGCACACGGCUGCGCCUCACCGCCCCCCCCCCCCCCCCCCCCCCCCCCCCGGAGCCCCCCGGUCAGUGCAGGCAGGUCCCAGGCUCGUCCCGGCCCGUGGCCACUCUGCACGACGGGGAGGACAGAGCGCGCGAUGCAGGGCCCUCCCCGGGCCGCGCCCUGCACCCCGGCCGCCGGGAGAGGAGGGAGCCCAGCACCCUCCCGCCUGCCUGUCUGCUGGGACCGCAGGGCCAGGCUGGUGCCCCCGGGCAGGGCGGUUCUGGGGGCCUCCCCGGUGCAGAGCGACAGUGUCCUAUCAAGAAGUAAACCCUUGGGAUCUCUACCUGGGACUCAAGACAGGCUUCUAGAAGUCCUAUCUUAAAGGAACAAAGAAAAGGGGGAAAAAAAUGCAAAACUGUUUCCCAAGUUUAGACAAGGAAACUGCUUAAAGAAAUUUUAUUUGUGAGUAAAACAGGUCACAGCGGAGGACAGAGGCCCCACCCUCCCAAGCCUGUGUCCAUACACGCGACUAAACUUCGUGUUGUGAUACAAAGAGUUAAAAUAAACUACAAAAGUGAAA